AUGUCUUCGUCUGCCACAAUCCCCGAGACCAUGAAGGCCGUCGUCACCGAGAAGACCGGAGGCCCCGAUGUUCUCAGGUUUACGACGGAUCAACCCGUCCCGACGCCCAAAGAGAACGAAGUGCUGGUCAAGAACCAUCUUGUUGGCGUCAACUACAUCGACAUCUACUUCCGCACGGGUCUCUACCCGGCACCCAAGCCCGAAAUUGGUGGGCGUGAGGCUGUCGGCGAGAUCGUAGCUGUAGGGUCUGGAGCUACGAAAUAUGGGUUGAAGGCUGGGGAUCGUGUGGUGUGGCUGGGUGUGUCAGCGUAUGCAGAGUAUUCCGCUGUGGCAGAGGAUAAGGUGAUCAAGGUGCCUAGUGGGGUAUCAGACGAAGAUGCAGUGGCAGGGAUGCUGCAGGGGUUGACUGUGGUUGGACUGGUGGAAGAAGCGUACAAGGUGAAACGGGGCGACACAGUGCUGGUACACGCCGCAGCCGGUGGUGUUGGCUUGAUCCUUGUGCAGGUUCUCAAGAGAAUCGGGGCGCGGGUUGUUGCUACGGCUGGAGGAGAGGAGAAAUGCAAGUGGGCAAAGGACGCUGGAGCAGAUGUAGUCAUUGAUUACCGGAAGCCUGGUGUUGACUGGGUCAAAGAGGUCACGACUGCCACGAACGGGGAGCUUUGCGAAGCUGUUUACGACGGAGUCGGGAAGGACACGUUUGAUGGCAGUCUAGAGGUGACCAAGAGGAAGGGGACUCUUGUCAGCUUCGGCAAUGCCAGUGGUGCGGUUCCACCAUUUGCCAUCUCUCGUCUAUCCGCAAAGAACAACAAACUGGUCCGGCCGUCCCUGUUCAACUACCUCACCACUCGGGAGGAGUUUGAACAAACCUGCCGAGACUGGUUUGCUUUGCUCGAAGGACCGAAAAAGGUCAAUGUCAAAAUCCACAAGAUAUAUCCAUUGGAGGAAGUAGCAAAGGCACAGUCGUCCACAGCUAUGCCUGUCACAUUCAUCAACAGAAAUAUUGGAAACUUUGACCACACCCCCGAAUUAGCUGCCAUCAAUGCCCAUCACGCUCGUAUCAAACACGAGAAAAGACGCCAGGCAAUAAGAGAUGCAGCUCGCAGACAAAACACUCUGCUGUUGAGCUAUUUUGAUGCAUCUGAGGCGUCUGCAACCCCUUUAUCUGGACAAAUUGGCGGCCUGCGAGAUGACCCUUUCUGGACUCUGCCCGUGGAAAACACGUGCGAUGCAAUGAGCGGGUUCGACUACCAUUUCCAAGUCCUGUGCCCGCUCGCUCUGAGCUUGGGCAACUACAACCCGGCCCAGCAUCAGAUCAUGAGGACCCACGUGCUCCAGACGCCCAUGUAUUGCAGUUCCAUGAUCGCCUUGAAUCUGACCAUGCAGCGGCUUCACAUGGACAGCACGACGCGUCUGUCGAGGGCUGUCAUUUACCACCUGAACAAUACUGUCGUCCAGUUGCGAGACGCGUUGCAAGAUCCGGCGACCUGCACGAGUGACAUUGUCCUCGCGACCAUUUUUCCGAUGGCUUCUGUCUAUCGCAUGUUGAAUGACCAUGCUGCUUUCAAUGCACAUGUUCAAGGCGUCCGCCGCAUCGUCGAACUACGUGGAGGGCUCGAUUCCUUGGGGUGGAGUGGCUUUUUGAAGAUAUCGGCUGUUGGGAUGUUUGAGUCUGCCGCCGUGUUGCGCCGCCAACAGACCCAACGCAGCCAGGACGAAGCACAAGGACUCAAGCUCGCCAGUGACUCGGUUGCAGAAUAUCCUUCCCAACCGCUCCCUCGAGCCUUGCAGGUCAAGAUAUCCAAACUCCCGGCCGGCCUGGCCUGUCUGGCUCUGCAACGCCGGCUCAGCCUGCAGUGCAUCAACUUCCUCCAGCUCUUUUGCGAGUGGCUCGCGGACAACAGCGUCACCCCUGGGCCGCACGAUUCCAUGACCGAGCUCGGCCACGACAUCCUCGCCGUGUCCGGUCUGGGCGCCACGGAACGGAUGCUCGCCGUGGCGAUCCAAGCCUACGUGAACUGGCUGGAGCGGACCGUGCGCCGCUGGUCCAACUACGCGGCCGAACACAGCGUGGAGAUGCAAAUUUCCAUGCUGGCCCGGGAUGUCGGGCUGGACGGUACGUGCGACGAAGACGCCCUCGCCUGGGCGUGUCUGCUCGUCAGAGACACGACCUCGCCGGGUUCCGCGUCCUGGGGAUGGGCCACCGAGUAUCUGGCGAAGAUGGACCUGGGUGCGGAGAGGGAGGCGUAUCUCGACCGUCGUUUCUUCAGUCGUCCGGCCACGGCUGCGUCGCCUGUCACUUUCGGCCACAUUGCACACAUGUCGUCGGAGGCGUUACGAGGUUGCGCUGGAGACGCGAUAUUGAUGGAGAAUAGAUAG